AUGUUCCAGAGGUUGAAUAGUAUGUUUGUGGGUGAAAUCAAGAACUCUUCUAGCAAAGAACCAGAAUUUAGUGAAAAAGAAGAUGAUGAAUGGAUUCUUGUUGACUUUAUAGACACUAAUUUUUCAACAGAAGUAGAAGAGGAAGACGGCAAUGAAGAAUCUCCAACUGAUCAUCCUCCAGUUUUUUCCUGUUUACCAGCUUCCCUGGAAUGUUUAGCCGAUACUAGUGAAUCUUGCUUUGUCCAAUUUGAGGCCUGUCCAAUGGAGGAGAGUUGGUUUAUUACUCCUCCCCCAUGCUUUACUGCAGGUGGAUUAACCACUAUCAAAGUGGAAACCAGUCCUUUGGAAAACCUCCUCAUUGAACACCCCAGCAUGUCAGUUUAUAAUUCCUCUCGAAAUCUUAAUGAGACUAGCUGUGAGACUGAUGAAUUUCAUAAUCCAAGCAGCCCUAGAUUGGAAGUACAGAGUGAAAUGGGGCAACAUGUUCAUUGCUAUGUUGCAGCUCUUGCUGCUCAUUCAACUUUCCUCGAACAAACCAAGAGCUUUCGUCCCACCCAGUGGAUAAAAGAACACAGUGAAAGACAUUCUUUGAACAGAAAUAGCCUCCGUCGCCAAAAUCUUACCAGGGAUUGCCACUCUCGGCAAAUCAAGCACAAUGGGUGGGUUGUUCACCAGCCUUGCCAGCGUCAGUACAAUUACUGAAUAUUCCAAGUCUUAAUCAUAUCAAUUUGUUGGUAUAUUGCUCUUGGUUUUAUGCAUGAGAGUGUGUGAUGUGUGCCUAUG